AUAAAGCAAGAUUCCCAUGUGUAGUUAUCACGUCCUCCACUGACACACACUGCUCGUUCACGCGCUGUUUUUUCUUGCCUUGAAACCCACCUUCAUUUGACCGAAAUCAAAACCCCAAUCGUGUCUGCCUUUCUUUUCUCUGUUUCUUCUGUUCUGUUCAGUUCAGUUCAGUUCAGUUCGAUGGACAUGGCUUCCUCUUCUACCCAGAAUCAAACUCACCCAGAAAAUGCUUUUGAUGAGCUUGCACCUUAUCCUCAUUCUGCACCUAAAUCUACUGAGCCCUGUGACAUCUUUAUCAAUCAUUGUGGGUGUGAUGUGAAACACACUUUAGCCACUGCUAUCUACUACAAACUCCAUUCCAUGGGAUUCCACGUUUUUCUAGAUCUCGAAGCACUUGAGCCUGGCGAUUCUUUUCCAUCAGAAUUACAACACGCCAUAGCUAGCGCUAACCUUCACAUUGCUAUUUUUUCUCCCAACUACGCCCAAUCUCCAUGGUGUUUGGCUGAGCUAUCUUUCAUGCUCAAAUCUGGUAAGAAAAUCAUUCCCAUUUUCUAUCAUGUGGAGCCCUCCGAUCUCAGAUAUGUUGACCAAGGAAAAGGGAAAUAUGCCUCUGCAUUUUCAGAGCAUGAAGAGAAGCGCAGAUACACACAGGAAAGGCUUGAUGUGUGGAAGAGGGCACUCUGCGACAGUUCAUUCCUUCACGGCUACACGGUCAGCGAUAAUAAGGAUGAGGCCACAGUUUUGAAGACUGUUGUGACUUGUGUAUUGCAAAUUAUUAAAAAAGAUCCGUUAUGGGUAGCGGAUCACCCAGUUCGAUUGGAUGAUCUGGUAAAAGGCUUCGAAUCAGUUGCAACAGGUGAGAAUGUAAAAAUCAGGGGGAUCGUGGGCAUGGGAGGCAGUGGUAAAACCACAUUGGCCAAAGAGUUGUACAACAAGAAUUUCUCAUCCUUUGAGAGGUGCAGUUUUGUUUCUGAUGUGCGAGAUGCAGCGUCCAGAAAUGCUAUGUGUGAGAAGCAGAAAAAGCUUCUCGCUGACCUCGGUGUCCAUCAUUUGCCGUUCGACAAUGUAGACGAGGGCAAGGCCAUUCUUGCAAAUCGUCUGAGCAGUCAUCGGGCGCUCAUCGUUUUGGAUGACGUGGACCACAUCGACCAGCUCAAUGUUUUAUUGCCAAAUAAAGACAACCUUGGAUCCCAUAGCAUGGCUAUUGCAACCACUCGCGAAAUGGGUGUCCUUCAAUCAUGGGGUCUCUCCCUCUCCCGCAUUUAUAACAUGCCAGCACUUGCCAAGCCACAUGCUAAGCAGCUAUUUUGCUGGCAUGCUUUCUUGCAACCCUCUCCUCCGCCUGAAUUUGAAACUCUGGUGGAAGACUUCUUAAAGGCCUGCAAUGGUUUGCCUCUGUCACUAAAGGUAUUGGGUGCACAGUUACAUGGCAGAAAGUCCAAAGAUUACUGGAAAUCCCAAUUGAAUAAAAUCUUAAGAAUAUUGCCUGGCGAAAUCAAACAAAGGCUACAGGUUAGCUACGAUGCCCUGGAUAAAGAAGAGAGGGAGAUGUUCUUAGAUGUUGCUUGCUUUUUCAUUGGAAAAGAGAAAAGCAAGGUUAUAGCAGCGUGGGAUGGAUCGGAUUGGAGUGGUCUGCAGGGUUUAGAAACACUCGUGAAUAAGUGCCUUGUGGAGCUGGUCGAGGAGAAUCUGUUCAAUUAUGACAAGCAGAGGUCCGAGGUGGAAAUCACAAUAAGGAUGCAUGAUCACCUUAGGGAUAUGGGAAGAGAGAUUGCAAGUUCACACUCACCAUAUCGACUUUGGUGUCCACAGCAGAUUGAUGACAUGAAGAAAGAUUCCAAGAAAAGAAAGCAGAUCCGAGGUAUACAACCUGCAGAUGCUUUUGUGGCAUUUAAAGAGUACACACAUCGAUUAAUGGGAAACUCAAGCAGACGAUCGAAACGCCUUAGAUUCUCAAAUGAACUACAAAUUCUUUCCGUGAAAGGAAAUGAGUUCACGGAACAAUUUGCAUCAUUAACAGAAGACCUUGUAUGGCUUCAUUGGGAAGGAUUUCUUCAACGAAAGCUUCCACCAUGGCUUAUAUUUAAAAAUCUACGGAUUUUAGAGCUUGAUGGAGCUGAUGAGUUGGAAGAAUUGUGGCAGGACAAUGCAAAUCCUCCUUUGCAAUUGAGAGAGCUUAUUUUAAAGAGGAGCCUAAAAUUGCAAUGGCUUCCCAGCUCAAUAAUACGUCUCCAGCAUCUGAAAAGGCUUUAUGUUGACUUUCAUGGUAGCAGUUUGUCAGAAGAUUUGUGUGGCCUCCAAUCACUGGAACGUUUGCAAUUAUAUGCUCCAUUGCUAUCUUCGCUACCUGUUGGUUUUGGCACUUUAACAAGGUUAAGAAAUAUAGAUAUGUGCAACUGCGAGCAGUUGAGCACUUUACCAGAUUCUUUCAAGCAGCUGAUACACCUGGAAGUUCUAGAUUUAUCAGGUUGUGAAAUGCUAUCUUCUUUACCUGCUGGUUUUGGCAAUUUAACAAGCCUAAGAAAUUUAAAAAUGUGGAACUGUAAGCAGUUGAGCACUUUACCGGAUUCUUUCAAGCAGCUGAUACACCUGGAAGUUCUAGAUUUAUCAUGUUGUGCUUUGCUAGCUUCAUUACCAGCUGGUUUUGGCAAUUUAACAAGCUUAAGAAAUUUAUAUAUGCGGAAUUGCAAGCAGUUGAGCACUUUACCAGAAUCUUUCAAGGACCUGAUACAUCUUGAACAUUUAGAUUUAUCAAAUUGUUCAAAUCUUAAAUUGAGAUUAGAUGUCCUGGAAAACAUCAGGAAGCUCAAGGCAUUGAACCUUCGCAAUUGCCAGGAAUUGGAAGAUUUGCCUCGUCAAAUCAUGAAUCAGGCGUUUUUGACAGAUUUAUAUCUAGAUGGUUGUAUCAAGUCAAGAGGUGUACCGACUAGCAUUGGCGAACUGGGCAAGUUAGUUGUGCUAAGAAUUGAGACUCUGGUGUGGAAUAGCUGGCAAACUUCCCUUGUAAACUUAUCCUCUUUGAAGAGGAUUGAAUUCAGUAGUUCUUUCAGUUUAAUGGCUUCUAAUGAGGGGGCUGCUUCUUCACUUAAAACACUCAAGGAAGCAGACAGUAUUGAAGACUGCAAGUGCAAACACUUCUCCAGGAUAUCGAUAUCUAAUCAUCAUUUUCCCAACCUCGAAACUUUCGUGGUUACAGGGAACCGUCAGUUAGUGGAGAUAGAGACCCUACCAGAGUCACUCAAAUUUAUAAGAAUAGAGAAUUGCGAUUUGCUGCAGAACAUCGGGUGUAUUAGUGGUCUCAUAAAUCUCGAGAAACUGGAAAUAAGUUUCUGUCGGCAGAUAGAGGAACUCCCAAGCUUUGCAGAUUUGGCUUCGCUGAACACAUUUCGAAUGUGGGAUUGCCCCAAAGUUGAGAAAAUACAAGGUUUGGAACACGCCAAGUCAUUGAAGAUACUGGAAGUAUUCGCCAACUGGAGGGUGGCUUGUAUACAGAGUUUGGAGAAAGUGGAACGAUUGGAAUGGCUAGAGCUUAGCUGUGAGAGCAUAUCAGCUGUGAAACCUUGUCUUCAGUCGAUAAAAGGGAAGGAAUUUCCAAGGGAGGUGUGGAUAAGAGGUAGCGUGAGGUGUUUGGUGGAGGAAAUUGUGAAGUCUUUGCAGUUUGUUGAUGUUGAUGUCACGGAGGUGGAGAAGCCGUCCGAUGUAGAUGGCCUUUCUUGUUAUAUGGAUGUGGAAAAUGACGGGGAGAGAAAAGUGGUAAGCAUAUGUUGUAGACAAUAUGGUGGGUACUCGCCCAGAGAAAAAGAAAAGGUAGUGGUGGGCGAAAGAGGAAGAGUUGUGGAGACAUUUUACCAAUUAUUGGAACUUCUAGAAUAAUUCCCACAAAUACGUAUGUUCUAAGUUGUUAUCUUUAAAGUUUAGUAAAAUGAAUGUGAGUUUUUUAAUUUUAUAAUAGUUGCAAAUGUAGUUGGUGUUUUAUAUCAAUAAAAUUUAAGUUUUGUUUUA